AUGCAGGAUGGAAAAGUGGACGAUUCUGUUUACGUUCUCCUCUAUGUUAAAGCGAAAGUAGACCAUCCGUCUGAAUAUGUGCAUAUUCGUGGUCAGAUCAAAGGAUCACCAUUGUUUUUGUUCGAACCCUUGGAACAAACUGCUUCUGGACAACCGUCCUGUCCAAUGAUGCAUCUACCGGGUUGGGGGGAUUUUCCCUUGGCUGGCAUUCAUUGGUUUGAUGAGGCAUCGAAGGCAAAAAAUCUGUGGACAUCUGAUCGUUGUGCAUCAGAUCAGAUAACCUAUUCCCACAUGCUCUCGUCGGAGCUGAAUGUUACUGAACUCACAGAUCACGCCGGUGAUAGUGAUCAGUCGGAUGGCUCAGUGGAAAUGCAAUCAGAUUCAGGAUCGGAAGCUGUCUCGGACUCCGACGACUACGCUGCCAGGGNNNNGCCAGGGUCGAACAUGGAGGUGAUGUGGGUCCGUUUAAACGCCCCGGUGAUCGUCCAAGAGUUUCAUGAUGACGGCGAUGUAGACUGGAGUUUAGACGAUGCAGUCACCAGUUAUGCCGCUCGAACAAUGGCUUCCUCCUGUCAGUCUGCCUUUUCAGUCGCACAGCUCGCUAAAUUUCGUGCUGCACGAUUGGAGGAAUUGUUCCCAGAUGAGGUUGAAACUCCCCCAAAUAUUCCCGCUCGGGAACGGUUCGCGAAAUAUCGAUGUUUACCACGUUUUCAAGGUACCAUAUGGCCCAGCGAGAAAGACCAGUUUCCCGAUCGAUAUGACAACAUUGCUUGGAACUACCAUCGCAACCGGCGUUCAGUUGUACGCUAUUUACGGCAACGCAUACACAGUACCUUGAAGAGACGCACUGCAACCGAAUCAGACGUUUCAAGAGCACCAAAGUACGCGCCAGCUGGAGUGUAUGUUGAAAUGGCUCUCGGUCCCAUGUCAGCAGAACUGGCCUCGGCAAUCAUCAAACAUCACACAGUUCUCCCUUCUGAUGCAACAUCCAAACGACUCCCUCCGCUUGUCGUAUGAGUGAUCAGUGCGUUACGAGCGGCCUCAGACCUGGCUGUUGUAGCGACCGCAGCCAACAAAGCAGCUGAAAAAGCUGCCCAGGCCAAUGACAGUGUCACGUUAGAGCUUGGUGAAGAAGCUUGCACCUUGACAGAACAAGAGGAUGCAGAAAUCCGGCAAGCACUGGCUAAUCAUCAAAGCAAAACCGCAUCUGUGCGUAAAACUAAAACAGACCCUAACACGCCCAUCCUGCCACCUGAGGUAGAACCAAUCAAGUCCAAAGAAUUGAUGAUGUUUCAGGACGAAGACGGUAACAUUGGAGCGCCGUACAUAGGCGAGCUUGUGGCCACGGGUUCUCUCCAUUCCGUAGACCCAUCCCGCUUGAUCAUCAAGCGCAUCUUUCUCUCCGGUCACCCAUACAAAAUUCGGCAGCGUCAGGCUGUCGUUCGUUUCAUGUUCUUCAAUCCAAGUGAUGUAGAAUACUUCAAAGCUGUUCCGCUCGAAACAAAGAAUGGUGCUGCUGGUCACAUUAAAGAGCCUGUGGGGACGCAUGGACUGAUGAAAUGCGUGUUUGAUCGUCCAAUCAAUGCGUCAGAUGUCGUGUUGAUGCCAUUGUAUAGACGAGUGUUUCCUAAGGAUAUAUAUCAAUCGCGCACUGUGAAACUGACCGACCUCCUUCCGCUUGAACGCGUGCCUGAAUUUUAUAUGAGCAAGGAUACUAUUCGACUUCGCGGAAAGGGUUCAUCUCGACCGGAGGAUGUGGACCGCGUUGAAGAGGAAGCGAUGGCUGUUUUCGAGUGA